AUGACACCUCCCUUUUCCUCUACGCGCACAAAGGUGCAGCUGAAAUUGGUGGUGCAGAGGCUGAAGAUGCUUCAAGAGAAGAAGACGUCGAUGAGCAAAAAGGAUAGGAGGGAUGUGGCCAGUUUGGUAGAAAGGGGAAAAGUGGAGACGGCGAGGAUCAAGACGGAAGGUGUGAUUGCAGAGGAUGUGAGUGGUGGGUGGUGGUGGGGGCGAUAAGGGAGGGAGUUGGUGGAGGGGGGAGGGGGGACAGGCAGGGCAGGCGCGGCAGGGCAGGGCAGGCUAUCACUUUUACUGGACUGACGCUGAGCGCUGAACGCUGAACGCUGAACGCACGCACGCCGCCAUUCAGAUUCAUGUGGAAUUGCUGGAAGUGCUGGAACUGUACUGCGAGAUGCUCAUCGCUCGUCUGGCCCUCUUGGACUUGCCGGGGUAAGCUGAGCAAAGCUGAGCAAAGCUAAGCGCUGCGCUGCGCUGCGCUGCUCCAGCUUCACGUCACCCACCUGCUCACCAUUCACCUUUGCCCACCUGCCACGCAUCAGUCGAGAGCCGGAUGCGGGCCUGUUAGAGCCUCUUUGUGCGCUCAUACACGCCGCACCGCGCACCGAACUCAAAGAGCUGCACGUGCUAAGGGAGAUGCUCAUGGCUCGCUACACUCGAGAAUUCGCCAUUCGAGCAACGGAAGAUCAGGAAGAGUGCGUGCCUAGGCGCAUCACUGACAGAUUGAGAGUUCAGACGCCCGAUGAGGCGUAUGUGGAUGCGUGAGUCAAUCGGCGGGGUGGGCGGCGGCAAGUCAAAGUCAAAAGCUCGUCGGGAUCUGGGCCACUCGUACGCGUAUGUAUGCUCAUCAUCGCGCUCGCACACACAUACACACACACACGCGCUCACAGCUACAUCGCAGAGGGUGAGUCUGCACCUUGGCGCUCCACCUACUCGAUCGCAACAUCAGCUCAGCUCACGCAGAAUCGACGGUACUUUCCCAACAAACAACUUUCUUCUCCCUCUCUCUCUCCCUCUCCUAACACAGUCUGCAAAGCCUACUCCAUCCCCUUCACCUCCACCCACGCACAAGUCCAGCCAUGCAUCGACGUUCCCUCUCCCCCACCUCCCCUGCAAGCGCAACUCUCCACCACCAAAUCCGGCAGCAACACCAAAUCCGAUGCGGCUGUGGCCACGGCGCUGGGUACGAGCGGCGCAAUGACGAGCGGUGCGCAGCCUCCUGGAGGCUUGGUGGACAAGCCUGAUCUGGACGGUACGCGCACCUCUCGAAAAGAGCAAGACAAUGGCAAUCCUGCUGGUCCUGCUGCUUCUCCUGCUCCUGCUGGUGGUGGCAUGUCGGGAAACGCGGGUCAGGAAAGCAAAGGCAAAGCUUUGGACCCCGUCGACGAGCUUGAAAAGAGGUUUGCGGCUCUAAAGAGGAAAACGUAG